AUUGGUGCGCGCGGAGAGACGCGGGGCGGGAUUGGCUGGCGGCGGGCGCGCGGGGCAUUGUGGGGCGGCGGCGAGCAGGAAGGGGCUGAUGGCGGCCAUCGGCGUGCACCUGGGGGCGUCCUCGGCCUGUGCCGCCGUGUACAAGGAUGGCCGUGCAGACGUGGUGGCCAACGACGCGGGGGACCGGGUGACUCCUGCCGUGGUGGCGUUCACGGAGAGCGAGGAGGUGGUCGGCUUGGCGGCGAAGCAGAGCAGGAUAAGGAACGUGUCCAGCACCGUAGUGAAAGUGAAGCAGAUUCUGGGGCGAAGCUCUGGUGACCCCCAAGCACAGAAAUACAUUGCAGAAAGCAAAUGUUCGGUAGUUGAGAAGAAUGGGAAACUUCAAUAUGAGAUAGAUAAUAAGCUUAUUAACCCAGAAGAUGUGGCAAAGCUAAUUUUCAGUAAAAUGAAAGAAACUGCUCAGUCUGCAAUUGGUUCGGAUGUAAACGACGUUGUUAUCACUGUCCCGUUUGAUUUUGGAGAGAAUCAGAAAAAUGCCCUUGGGGAAGCAGCUGCAGCUGCUGGAUUUAAUGUUAUGAGAUUAAUCCACGAACCAUCUGCAGCUCUCCUGGCCUACGGAAUUGGCCAAGAUUCACCCACUGGGAAAAGCAAUGUGUUGGUCUAUAAGCUUGGUGGCACGUCGCUUUCUAUCACGGUGAUAGAAGUAAACAGCGGAAUAUACCGCGUGCUGGCUACUAACACAGACGACAGCAUUGGUGGAGUGUGCUUCACAGAAGCUCUAGCACAACACUUAGCAUCUGAGUUCCAGAGGUCUUGUAAGCACGAUAUUAGAGGAAAUCCCAGGGCUAUGAUGAAGCUAAUGAACAGCGCUGACGUUGCAAAGCACUCGUUAUCAACCUUGGGAAGUGCAAACUGUUUUGUAGAUUCACUGUAUGAUGGAUUGGAUUUUGAUUGUAAUGUGUCCAGGGCCAGGUUUGAACUUAUCUGUUCCUCGCUUUUUACUAAGUGUGUAGAAGCAAUUAAAAAGCUCUUGCAGCAAGUUGGAUUUACAGCUGAUGAUAUUAAUAAGGUAGUUCUGUGUGGUGGGUCUGCUCGAAUCCCAAAGCUACAGCAACUGAUCAAAGACAUUUUCCCAAACGUGGAACUCCUGAGUUCAAUUCCUCCCGAUGAAGUUAUUCCUAUUGGUGCAGCAAUAGAGGCAGGGAUUCUGCUAGGGAAAGAGAAUCCAUCAUUAGAAGAAGAUGCAUUCUUUAUUGAGUGUUCUGCCAAAGAUAUUCUUUAUAAGGGAGUAGACGAGUCAGGGGCUGACAAAUUCACAGUGCUAUUUCCAUCAGGGACACCGCUACCAGCUCGAAGGCAGCAUACCCUGCAUGCUCCUGGAAACACGUCUUCUGUGUGCCUUGAGCUGUAUGAGUCAUUAGGAAAAGGUCCUAUGAAUGAAGAAAACAAAUUUGCACAGAUUGUACUCCAGGAUUUAGAUAAAAAGGAGGAUGGCCUACAUGACAUAUUAACUGUUCUCACUAUGAAAAGGGAUGGAUCCUUACAUGUUACCUGCACAGAUCAAGAUACUGGAAAGUGUGAAGUCAUCACUGUUGAAGUGGCUUCAUAGCCUCAUUUGAAAGGCAACGUUAUCCUGAGUUGAUUUUGUCUCUCCUUGGCUUGUCCACCAAAGUGGUGACUCUGAGGUGUCUUUAAUGAUUCAUAGAGAAUUGUAAUAAACUGAAGUAAAACAUUAAUUAGCCACCAAGUCUGUUUGGAGUGGACGAUGUGGUGCAAAAUGUUAAUCUAAAUAGGAAGAAAACGGAGCAUUGGAUUUAUCAGCACCUUUUAAUAAAAAUUUCAAAGAGCAUAUCUCAGGUUUUUGGUUUAGCAACAACAUAUUAUGUAGUCUGAGGACUAAUCAGGUCCUGUACCCAUUCAAACAGUAUACCUGUGGCUUCAACCAGCAUAGCACUGAACCAGCCAGAGCUAGAUACGUGAAAAUCCACUCCCAAAUAACUGUACAAAUUAUACUUAACCUGCGUGGUUUCAAUAUUGCCCAAAACCAAGGAGGUGAUGCCCUUUUGAGCUGGCAUCUUGAGCAGGAUUUUUUUUUUUUUGUGGCGUUACUGUAAAAUGGUUUUGUGAUGUUACCUGAAAAACACGUGUAAGGGUUAUAUGUGCUUAUUUAUGUGUUUAUUAAUAAAUAAAAAUUUUUAUACAGAU